AUGAAAGUAAAAUUAUGGCUGGCGUUCACUCCACACGAUGCACGCACACAACUACAAAAUGCACGCACACAACUACAAGAUGCACGUACACAACUACAAAAUGCACGCACACAACUACAAGAUGCACGUACACAACUACAAAAUGCACGUACACAACUACAAAAUGCACGCACACAACUACAAAAUGCACGUACACAACUACAAAAUGCACGCACACAACUACAAAAUGCACGUACACAACUACAAGUUGCACGUUUCCCCACAAACACAAACACUGAUUUUCACCACAAGCUAGCAGUUCAGUAA